AUGAAGAUUGUAGUAUCGCUCAGCGCGCUCGUGGUCGCGGUCCAGGCACAGUCGGAUAUCCCAGCGUUCCUCGCAGGACUCGGUGGGCAGUUUCGGGUGUUGUGAAGAUUGGAUUUGCCACUGACAUCCUGCUCAGGCCCAGCUCCUGCGACGGAUCCUCGUUUCGCAGACUACCAGCCUCCGGGCGAGGAUGACGGUUCGUUUUUUUCUCUCAGAGGGCUGAGAGAUCUAAGCUAAUAGAAGCUGCCAGUGAGAUCGCCUUGUCCAGGACUCAAUACACUUGCCAAUCAUGGGUGCGUGAGCCUCUUCGUGUCCUUGCCAUCUCGCCUGACCCUUCGCACUACAGCUUCCUCCACCGUAACGGCAAGAACAUGACAAUCCCGCACCUGAUCGAGGGCGGCGCCGCGGGCUUGAACAUGGGCGCAGACUUCAUGGCUGUCAUUGGAGCAGUCGGCCUUCUCUCCUCCCCAGACCCAGCCCUCGGCGCCUUCGACCUCGACAACCUCGACCUGCAUAACUUCCCCAUCGAACAUGACGUCUCCCUGAGUCGACAAGACCACUUCUUCGGCAAUUGGUAUGAUUUCAACCAGACGGUCUGGAACGGUACCCUGUCGUACUUCAACGGCGAGACGUCGACCACGACUCCCACCGCCGCCAAGGCUCGCUACCAUCGCGUCCAAGUGUGCACCGACACCAACCCUCAAUGUCUUUACGGACCUAUGCAGUUCAUCCUCUCGUCUGGAGAGACCGGUCUCUAUGUCCAGACUAUGAGCUCACCCGUCACCAACAGCGCUGAGAUCUCGUACGUGAGGUCCUUGUUUGAGAAACAGAAGCUGCCUUCCGACCUCGGCUGGAGACCGAGCGCGGUUCCGAUCACGUUGAUGUCGUUGGGCGAGUACAUCGUCGAGCUGUACGCAGCGAACCCGGAUCGUGCUGCAGAGGGCAUGAGUGAGUUUUUUCGCUUCCGAUCGUCGACGCGACGCGUCUAGGUGUUAGGCUGACUAGUGAUUCCAGCUGUGCUUCAAGACUCGUACGCGGAUGCCUUGGUGGAUCUCGCCGGCGGCGCGAAUGCCUUGAGGAAUCUCACAAAUGGCAUCUCCGACUUCUUGGACAUUCCGGGUCUUUAA